AAUAAACACAAAUAUGAUCUGAUUUAAGACUAUUAUCUUGCCAGAUGUCAGUUGCAUGACAGGCUUUUCGUAUUUCUAAAUUACCGCUUCACUUAAAUGAACAUAGCACACUUACGGACUUUCCUUUAAAGUGAACGACGAAUACCCCAACAUUUAGCUAGAAUAUGUGUUGGUGUUUUAGAUACGACAUCAACGGACGUUUGUGGAUAACUAGUACUUACAUAGUGAUAAUAUCUCAGCUGACCGUAAUAGUCAUCGUUAACUUUAAGUAACUAUACUGCGAAUAUUUGCGAGUCAUUAAUGUUAAGUCUUGAUCGGAGCGGUUUUUAUAGUUAACCUUCUCAUCUGGUAUGUUAGCUAGCUGUCUUCCUUCAGUAGCCUAGGAUAGCUAUCUAGCACACUAUACUUGAGUGUUGUUACUCUUUUUUGUAUGACGGGUGACCCAAAUACUUAUUAUUUUAUUGUUAAAUCUCGAAUUACAUCAAUUUAUUUAAAACUUUGCUCCGAAUCGACACGUUCUAGGUUGUUAGAUAUACAAGCUUGUUUGGUCUCGGGGGGGAAUUUCCCACCGAUGUGACGUCAGCAGGUAUCUAUACCGCACCGACUACUGGACAACUCCGUCUGUUGAAAUACUGGUGCGUUUGAAGUCAUCAUGCAAAGCACAGCAAACUAUCUGUGGUUAAUCUCAGACCUUCUGGGUCAGGGGGCCACAGCAAAUGUAUACCGUGGAAGACACAAGAAAACAGGGGACCUCUAUGCCGUCAAAGUCUUCAACAACCUCAGUUUUCUGCGUCCCUUGGACGUACAGAUGAGGGAGUUUGAGGUGUUGAAGAAGCUGAACCACAAGAACAUCGUCAAGCUCUUUGCAGUGGAGGAGGAGUCAAACACAGGACACAAGGUGUUGGUGAUGGAGUAUUGUCCCUGCGGCAGCCUCUACACUGUGCUUGAGGAGUCGUCUAACGCUUACGGCCUCCCAGAAGAUGAGUUUCUCAUUGUGCUGCAGGAUGUCGUGGCUGGAAUGAACCACCUGCGUGAGUACGGCAUCGUCCACCGAGACAUAAAGCCGGGGAACAUCAUGCGUAUGAUCGGGGAGGACGGGCGCUCCGUCUACAAGCUGACAGACUUCGGGGCUGCCCGGGAACUGGAAGACGACGAGCAGUUUGUGUCGCUGUAUGGCACAGAGGAGUAUUUGCACCCAGACAUGUACGAGCGUGCCGUGCUGCGGAAGGACCACCAGAAGAAGUACGGGGCCACAGUUGACCUCUGGAGCAUCGGCGUGACCUUCUACCACGCGGCCACGGGCAGCCUGCCCUUCAGACCCUUCGAGGGGCCUCGCCGGAACAAGGAAGUCAUGUAUAAGAUCAUCACAGAAAAGCCAUCAGGGACCAUCUCUGGACAGCAGAAGUUUGAGAACGGCAAGAUUGAGUGGAGCUCAGAGAUGCCAGUGUCCUGCAGCCUCUCCAAGGGACUGCAGAGCCUCCUGACCCCGGUGUUGGCCAACAUCCUGGAGGCUGACCAGGAGAAGUGCUGGGGCUUCGACCAGUUCUUCGCCGAGACCAGCGACAUCCUGCACCGCAUGGUGGUCUGUGUCUUCAGCCUGCAGCAAGCUACACUGCACCAUGUUUACAUCCACAAGUACAACACAGCCACCCUGUUUCAGGACGUUCUGUUCAGAUGGACCAACAUCACCCCUCCCAGCCAAGAGUUCCUGUACGAGGGUCGCCGGCUCCACCUGGAGCCCAGCCGCCAGGCCACGAACUUCCCCCCCACCUCACGGGACAACCCCAUCAUGCUGGUCAGCCGUGAACUGGUCAACACCGUCGGCCUCAUCUUCGAAGAUCCCAGCCCACCUAAAGUCCAGCCCCGCUAUGACCUUGACCUGGAUGCCAGCUACGCCAAGACGUUCGCAGGUGAUGUUGGCCAUUUGUGGAAAACAUCAGAUUCACUUCUGGUUUGUCAGGAACUAGUCAGAAAAGGAAUCAGGGGCCUAAUAGAAUUGAUGAAGGAGGACUUUCAUGAAACUGCCCACAAAAAAGCUGAGGUCUUCCACAUGUGUAACUUAUGCAACCAGAUUCUGGAGAGGACUGAACAGCUCUAUGAAAUACUGAUGCAGGCCAACCUGGUGUCGUCAGAAUAUGAUGAAAUCUCAGACAUGCACAAAAAAGUGCUGCGGCUCUCAAGUUCACUGAGUCCUAUGGAUCAGACGAUGCAGGACAUUAAGAAUAAGUUCCUCCCAGGAGGCAUGCUCACGGACACGUGGACGAUGCAAGUGGGAACACAUCCAGACGACCGGAACGUGGAGAGGAUUAAAGUCCUCCUAGACGCCAUCACUGCUAUCUAUCAUCAGUUUAAGAAGGACAAGGCCGAACGACGUCUCCCUUACAAUGAGGAACAGAUCCAUAAAUUUGAUAAGCAGAAGCUGGUGCUCCAUGCGACUAAGGGUCGAGCGUUAUUUACAGACGAUUGCUCAAUGAAGUACCGGCUCUUCAUCUCUAAGAGUGAAGAAUGGAUGAGGAAGGUGCACCACGUGAGGAAACAGCUCACCUCACUGAAUGGCCAGUUCAUCAACAUGGAACAGGAAGUCACCAUGCUCAUGCAGCGGGUCUACAAGCUCCAGGAACAGCUACCACAGAAGAUCAUGCCCCUAACCUCAGGUGGGAUCAAGCCACAGGCAUACCUCAGUCAGAGCACACUGGUGGAGAUGACCCUCGGAAUGAAGAAACUAAAGGAGGAGAUGGAGGGAGUUGUGAAGGAGCUGGCAGAAAACAAUCACUUCCUCGAGCGGUUUGGAACGUUGACACUGGAUGGUGGUCUGAGAAGCGUUGAUCGGAUCUAAUGGCCCUUACCCACCCCACCCUACUCUACCCCACCCCACCCUGCUUCAGAAUACUUCCUCCACAGUGCAGUGUGUACAAACAAGCAGGCACCAGAGGAAAAGCCACAGUGUACAUAUUGCAUAGUGUUGUAAAUAAUGCUGUUCGAGUUGCAUUUCUUUUCUUUUCUAUUUUAAUCUGCCGACCCGUCUCGCAAAAAAAAAAAGGCUCCCGAGUGGCCGUUCAUCUGCACCUCUCUUGCUCCAUGUUCCAUGUCACUUUCUCUUCGUUUGGUAUCUCUGCACUUUGGUUUAUAUAGAGCUGCCUUUAUUUGUAGUGCCUGUAGGAUGCCUGAUUUGAAAUCCUCUUCGUUUUUUUUCUAUUUGUCUUAUUUCUGUUUUGUGAUACUACUUUUGACUUUCUGAUCUGGAAAUCAUGUGUGUCUUUCAGGACCCUUACUGUUUAAAUACUUUCUUCAUCUGAGGUCUUAUUUACUGGAGACUGUAUAAUAACGGAUACCUAAUAUAUGCGAUUUAGCAUUUCCUCCACAUUUAUUCAGCUCAUUGGUUGAGUUUGUAGAUGGAGCACCUAUGCUGAACCCACGGGGGGCGGGGUACAGGAUGGGCAUUAAAAUGAUCAGCUGGUCAGCUGGAGAUGAUGUGAAAUGUUUUGACUGCAUAGGAUCUGGCAAGGAGUUCCCCCUUCCCCCUCUAUCACCAACUUGCGGUUAUUCCCUUGCUAGUCUACUUUUGUCACUGCAUACUGAAGUAUUUGUUUUGCCAUUUUUGUCAAAACCAAACAAAGCAAGAGUGAGUGAGAGGAUAAAGUCUAUAGUACAACUAAAAA